CUCAUGUGACCAUAAGAUGUCGUUCAGAGACAUGUUGACUAAGUUACUAUAAAGACAUUUAGUCCAACUCCAUCCUCGUACUAGAAACGGAUAUUCAGAUGUGCAUUAGACUACAAUGACCUUUUCUACAAAAAAUAUAGUGUUCCAGUUAAAGCUCUCACAGCGCAUGAAAUAACAAUGCUGAAAGGAAUAAUUUACAGCCUUGUGAGCUGGCAGAGAAGCUCAAGGGCCACUGGUUUUGUUUGUAAACAAAUUUAUCCAUGGGGCAGUGCAAGGUGCAUCAGUAAUACCAACUUCUCUUUGCAUCCAAGGACAGAUCAUAAAAAAGCCUCAGAAGAAAAUAAAAGGACAGUUGACAAUCUUUAUAAGCUUUCUGUCAAUAUUAAAAAAAUUCGGCAGCUCAAAGGCUGGGUGCUUUUGAAGGAUAUCACUUAUGUUGAAGAGAUUGCUAAUAUCUUGAAAGAAAUGGGAGCUAGUGAAGUCACAAUAGCUAAUAUUCUAGAACGCUGUCCUGAAGCAAUUCUUCAAGACGCUAAAGAGAUAAAGGCAAAGAGGUCAUUAUGGCAUUUGGUGUGUUCAGAGGACAAAGAACUGGUUAAAAUCAUUGAAAAGUUUCCUGAUUCAUUCUUUACUUAUAAGUAUCCAGAAAAUCAAAGAGCUAAUAUCACAUACUUUCAAGAUGUGGGACUUAGCAACAAAAUUAUCUGUAAACUUUUAACAAGUGCUCCACAAAUCUUUUGUAAUUUAGUUGAGGACAAUAAACAGGUUAUUGAUGUGCUGAAAGAAAAUUACCUUAGCCUGGGUGGCUCAAAAGAAAACGUUAAAACUUGGCUGAUGAAGUUAAUAAUGCAAGACCCAUUUAUUGUGUCAAAGUCUUCAUUGGCAAUGCAAGAUAAUAUAAAGUUUAUUCAGAGUUUAGACUUUUCUGAUAGAGAAGUCUUGAAACUUUUGUCCAAACUAAAAGGCUUUAUCUUCAACCUGAAUUCUAGCAACAUGCAGAACAAUGUUCUGUUUGUUAAAACUUGUUUCAGCUGCACAGAUGAAGAGAUGAGAGAGAUGAUACUUAAAUGUCCCAGUCUUUUGAACUACUCUGUUACGGUAUUAGAAGACCGUUUAAAGGGGCUGUUAACAGAAGGUAUUUCAGUAAAGCAAAUAAAAGACUCUCCUAGUGUCCUUGAACUCACAGAACAGAUUAUACAAUACAGAAUGAAAAAAAUAAGAUUAUUAGGCUAUGAAAUAAAAGAUACAAAUUUAGAAAUUUUGAAUGGGACAAGAAAGGAUUUUGAAGUCAACUUUGGCAGAUUACAAGUUAAGAAAGAAAGACCUCUGUUUAAUCCUGUAGCACCUUUGCAUGUAGAAGAAUGAGAACAUUGAAGACACAGUUUAGGGCAGGGCUUGACAAACCCAGGAGCCUGGUAGCCACUGGCUCCUAGAAUUUUACCCCUGGCUCCGAACUUUUUGGGUUAUUCUCCAUAUGUCUAUAUACAAAUCCAACGUUCUGGCUCCUAAAAAUAUACCUGUCUCCUAAAUUUUCUUACUGGCUCCUAAUUUUUAAACACAUUUGGUUUAGGGCCUUCAGAAGUAUAUAAUGGUUGAAUUUUGUGAGUGUGUACUCUUGUAUGUACUUUUGUAUUGUACCCUUCUAGUGUAUGCAGCGUGGGCUGGAUUUACAGCGUUGGUAUUCUAUUUUACUUGUAGCAGGACCAUUUUCUCCAGAACAAAGAAAAAAUCAUAAUAAAAAUGUAUAGUUUUAAAAAAA